AUGAAGUCAAACAUUUUGGACUGGACCUUGUUGUCGUUGCUUCUGCAGUUUCCGGCAGUUAAUGGCUCCCCCAACGGUCAGAACCGCAUCGCUCGAAGCCUGAAGCAGUACGGAGGUGAUGGCAAGAUUACAGCAGAUGCGGAUUCCAAAAACGUGUAUACGACCAAAUUUCCCGGAGUUACAUGGGACGAAGACAAUUGGCUGCUCACUACAACGAGUCUAGACCAGGGUCAUUACCAGUCGCGUGGCUCCAUUGCCAACGGAUACCUGGGAAUUAAUGUUGCCAAUGUCGGACCGUUCUUCGAGCUUGAUGAUCCAGUGAAUGGUGAUGUGAUCAAUGGUUGGCCUUUGUUUUCCAGGCGCCAAACUUUCGCAACAAUUGCCGGAUUUUUUGACAGUCAGCCUACGACAAAUGGUAGCAAUUUUCCUUGGUUGUCCCAAUAUGGAGGCGACAGUGUCAUCAGCGGUAUCCCACACUGGAGUGGACUGAUCCUCGAUUUAGGGGAUGGUACAUACCUCGAUUCAACGGUUGACGGCAAAACAAUCACUAAUUUUCAGUCCACAUAUGACUUUAAAGCUGGCGUGCUGUCCUGGUCAUACAAAUGGGUUCCCGAAGGCGACAAGGGAUCAUAUGACAUUGCUUACCGGCUUUUUGCCCACAAAUUGAACAUCAACCAGGCCGUGGUUGACCUGGAAAUUGUGCCCUCUUCGAAUGCCAAUGCCUCGAUUGUCAACCUCAUUGAUGGCUACUCAGCUGUCCGUACCGAUUUCGUGCAAUCAGGACAAGAUGAUGGGGCGAUCUUUUCUUCUAUUCGACCCUGGGGAAUUUCGAAUGUCACGGCCUAUGUUUAUGCCAAUUUGACCGGGUCGGAAAACGUUGAUCUGUCAUCUCGCAAAAUUGUUUCGGAUAAGCCGUACGUUAAUUCGAAUGAAUCGACCAUUGCCCAGUCAGUCAAUGUCAAGUUCUCGGCCAAUGAAAAGCUUCGUAUCACCAAGUUCGUUGGUGCUGCCUCUACAGAUGCUUUUGCAAACCCUCGAAAAACCGCCAAAAGGGCUGUGUCUGCUGGAAUGACCCGUGGCUAUACCCAGUCCCUUCAGUCACAUAUUUCUGAGUGGGCAAGCAUUAUGACAGAUAACUCGGUUGACAAAUUUGCCAACCCAGAGACUGGAGUCUUGCCAGCCGACAGUCACAUUGUUGACUCGGCCAUAAUCGCUGUUGCCAAUACAUACUAUCUCCUGCAGAACACAGUGGGCAAGAAUGCUGCAAAUGCGGUUUCCGGGGCCCCCGUUAAUGUUGACAGUUUAUCAGUCGGUGGCCUCACAUCCGAUUCUUACGCUGGCCAAGUAUUUUGGGAUGCGGAUAUCUGGAUGCAACCUGGCCUCGUUGCUUCGCACCCCGAGGCUUCUCAGCGGUUCACGAAUUAUCGUGUGGCUCAAUAUGCCCAGGCAAUGAAAAAUAUUGAGGCUGCCUUCGCCAGCUCAAGAAACGAGACCAACUUUUCUCCUUCGGCCGCCGCCUAUCCUUGGACCAGUGGCCGGUUUGGCAACUGCACAGCUACCGGUCCAUGUUGGGACUAUGAAUAUCACCUGAACGGGGAUAUUGGACUGUCAACGAUCAACCAGUGGGUUGCCAGUGGCGAUACGCAGUAUUUCCAUGACAAGCAUUUGCCAGUUUAUGACUCGAUUGCAACUCUUUAUUCGAAUUUGCUUGAGCGUAAUGGAUCCUCCUGGACCCUGAGAAAUAUGACUGACCCUGAUGAAUACGCAAACCACGUUGAUGCGGGUGGUUUCACGAUGCCGUUGAUCGCUCAGACGCUGACAUAUGCAAACUCAUUCCGCAAGCAGUUCGGCAUCGAGACCAAUGAGACAUGGACUGAAAUGGCCGAAAAUAUUCUUUUGCUUCGGGAAAGUGAUAUCACCCUCGAGUUCACCACUAUGAACGGAAGCACCGUAGUCAAGCAAGCCGACGUGGUGCUCAACACAUACCCCCUGGAUUACAGCAGCAACUACACAGCCCAGAACUCACUAAAUGACCUGGACUACUAUGCCAACAAACAAUCUUCCGACGGCCCAGGCAUGACAUGGGCCAUUUUCUCAAUCGUCGCCAACGAUGUUUCCGAAUCCGGUUGCUCUGCUUACACGUAUCAACAGUACUCCUAUGAGCCAUAUGCACGAGCACCAUUUUUCCAAUUAUCUGAACAGAUGGUAGAUGAUUAUAGUAGCAACGGGGGCACACACCCAGCAUACCCCUUCCUAACCGGGAGUGGAGGGGCCAAUCAAGUCGUUCUGUUUGGAUACCUCGGACUGCGACUACUUCCUGAUGAUGUUAUUCACAUUAAUCCCAAUUUACCACCGCAAAUCCCCCAUAUCACUUAUCGAACAUUUUACUGGCGAGGAUGGCCCAUGUCAGCUAGCUCCAACUAUACGCACACCACCAUCCGUCGGGCUGCCAAUGUUCCUAGCCUCGAUACUGCGGACUUGCGGUUUGCAAACGUGUCAAUCCCUGUGCAUGUCGGCACUGAGUCCAACACAACUGUUUACAAACUUCCAGUCAAGGGUGCAUUGACUGUUCGCAACCGCCAAAUUGGAUCAAAAAACACCAUCCCUGGUAACCUGGUACAGUGCCGUCCAGUGUACUCGCCUAGUGAAUACGAACCAGGCCAAUUUCCGAUUUCUGCCGUGGACGGCGCAACCUCGACGAAAUGGCAGCCCUCUUCUGCGAACCUGAGCUCUGUGACCGUCUCCUUUGCCGAUUCUGAGAUCAACAAGAAGGCCGUUGGAUUUUACUUUGAUUGGGCGCAGUCACCGCCGGUCAAUGCAACGAUCAUAUUCCAUGACAAUCUCAUUGAGGACCCAGCCUUGACUCUCAUGUCUGAAAAUAACUCCAAUUACAUUGUCGUUAGCAGCAUGAAAAACAUAACGCAAUCCAGCCCGUAUGACCAAAAUACCAACCUCGAUAAGGUGGUUAUUCCUACUGGCAAUACUACCAGAACGGAACUUCAUGAGCCUGUCCGGGUUACACGUUAUGCGACUCUGCUUAUUUACGGCAACCAGGCACUCGAAGGCGAGGAGAAUGCUGUAGGCGCCACUGUCGCCGAAUGGGCUAUCCUCGAACAACCUCAGUCAUCUGGACAAAGCGAAAAUGGAAGCACCAAGAGAAAGCUUCAAUUAAAAGACGCGGCUCUGAUGUCUGACAAUGUUACCAGACGCCGGAAAUUUAUCAUUCCAAACUAA